AUGUCAACAAUUUUCGCUCUGUCCUCUGGCACUUUGCCAAGCGCCAUCGCCGUUUUUCGUGUUUCCGGGCCUCAAAGUCUUCCGAUUCUUCGUCAACUGAGUCGCCGAAAAGUUUGGACGCCAAAAAUGAUGGAAUUCACAAAAUUGUACGAUUCGCAGCGAAGAAUUAUCGACGAAUCGAUGGCUGUUUAUUUUCCAGGUCCCAAAACGUUUACCGGCGAGGACACUGCCGAAUUUUUCCUGCAUGGAAGUCAGGCGGUGGCCCAGAAGUUUGCCACGUGUCUUUCAGAAAUCGAGAAUGUUCGAGAAGCGAAACGAGGGGAGUUUACAAGACGCGCAUUUCACAACGGAAAAAUGAGUAUUUCGGAGGUUCGCGGCUUGGACCGCCUGAUUAGGUCUCGAACGGAAAAAGAGAGACGGGCGGCGUUCGGACAAAUGCGUGGCGGUACACGGGCGGUUGAAAUACGGUGGCUCGAAAAUUUUGAAAAUUUCAGCAAAAAACUGGUCGAAAUUCUGUCGAAACUUUUCGUAAUCAUUGAUUUCGGUGAGCACGUCGCGCUGGAACUAUCAGCUGCUCAGAAGGAUGUCGCUGAAAUUUUGGCUGAAAUUAAUCGAUUAAUCUUGGCAUGGGAGGGGGCGGAGCGUGCGCAACGUGGAUUGGAAAUUGUGUUAUAUGGGCGGCCGAAUUCCGGAAAAUCCAGUAUUCUGAACCAGUUGGCACAUGAUGACGUGGCAAUUGUUAGCGAGAUUCCCGGAACGACGAGGGAUAGUUUAGUGACCACAAUCCAAAUCAACGGAAUCCGUUGCCGGCUAACCGACACCGCCGGCAUCCGUCCUCACACCAAUGACGUCAUCGAAGCAGAAGGAAUUCGAAGAGCUCAACGACGUCUAGAAUCUGCCGACGUCAUCUGCUUCGUCGUGGAUCCAGAAUCCAGAAGUGAUGACGUGGCAAAUAUCCUGGAGGAUGUGAAGAAGUUGAAAAAUCCAGAAUCCAAAGUGUUAAUUGUGAAGAACAAGGCGGAUUUGAAGCUACCGUAUCCCGAGGUGUCUUCUUCAGGAAUCCACGUGGUUUCUUCGCAUGCCACGUCAUCAGAAGGAUGUCAGAAGUUGAGAGAGACGUUGGGAAGCCUGGUAGAUCAAUUGUGUCCUGAGACUAAUUUUUUAUUGGAUGCCGAAUUGUUAAGAAAAUGCUCCGAUGAGUUGACAUGCUCAAUGUUGUGUCAAGACGCCGCCAUCAUGUGCCAACACAUUGAAAAAGGACUCGAGCACAUUGCAGAGCUCACCCAAGGAACCGUUACUGAAUCCGUUCUAGACGGCAUUUUUAGCCAAUUUUGUAUUGGAAAAUAA